GGCUGGAGUGAAGUCGGGCGUUCGCUGCUGGCUGGGGGAGGAGAAGGAGGUCCCCAGGGGGGGCCUGCCGGGAUUGGGUCGGGAGGGUCACAGACGCGGGUGGGAGGCUGGAGAGAGAAGAUGCUGCUCUUCGUGGAGGGUAUGGUGCUAAAACCACUCCUUGAUGCUAGAGAGACUCCAGAAGGCUAAACUCUGGAAAUUCAGCUUCAUUAUUCUCUGGCCUGUGCUUCUCUGUGGCAAGAUGCAGGUAACAUCGAAAGGGGCCAGCUUAAACCCUAAUGCAAAAGUAUGGCAGGAAGGCAUGCAGGGAAAUUCAGAGGCUGCCCCAGGAACUAAUAGCACUGAACAUUCAUGGCAAGAGACAGCAACUGUGCCAGGAAGUUGUACAGAGGGUAAUACUGAACUUGCAGAUGAUGGUGCUAAGCAGUAUGAAGCAAUGUAUUCAUCUUGCGAACCAUCAAACAGUUCCAGUGUUGAGGAAUCAGCAGCUAAUGGAAUGGUCUUGGCACCAGAGGAUCUUGGAUACCAACUUUAUGAAGUUCCUGGUGAAGGCAGCCCUAUAAUUUCUCCAGAAGACCUGAAAGAAUGUUUGAAGAAACAACUAGAAUUCUGUUUCUCACGUGAGAAUCUAUCCAAGGAUCUUUACUUGAUGUCUCAAAUGGACAGUGAUCAAUUUAUUCCAAUAUGGACAAUCGCCAACAUGGAAGGAAUUAAGAAACUGACAACCAAUAUGGAUCUUAUUGUGGAAGUACUGAGAUCUUCUCCUAUGGUCCAAGUAGAUGAGCGAGGAGAAAAAGUUAGGCCAAACCACAAACGAUGCAUUAUUAUUCUCCGUGAGAUUCCUGAAACGACACCUAUAGAGGAGGUGAAGGCACUGUUUAAAAAUGAAAGCUGCCCCAAAGUGAUAAGUUGUGAGUUUGCUCACAACAACAGCUGGUAUAUUACAUUCCAGUCAGAUACUGAUGCACAGCAGGCAUUCAAAUACUUACGGGAAGAAGUUAAAACCUUUCAGGGCAAGCCAAUAAUGGCCAGGAUAAAAGCCAUCAACACAUUUUUUGCAAAGAAUGGUUACCGGGUACUGGAUUCCAGUGUUUAUGCUCAGCCUGUCCAAACACAAGCACAGUUUGCCUCACCAGUGUUUGUGCAGCCUGUAUAUAGUCCUCAGCAGUACUCCAUCUACAGCAUUGUGCCUCAGACGUGGUCUCCAAACCCUGCACCUUACUUUGAAACACCUUUGGCUCCCUUUCCAAAUGGUGCAUUUGUGAAUGGCUUCAGUUCACCAGGAUCAUACAAGGCAAAUGCUGCUGCUUUGAGUAUAGGACGUCCAUUCCAUAGAAACCGCAUGAAGCCUCCUUUUCGGUUGUCAGGUAGCUCUGAGCACCCUACAGAAGCAACAUCUGCUGUCAGUGUGGUGUCAGGAGAUGGACAGCUGCACAGAACCACCUCAAGGAACUUUCAAACAGAACGGCAAGCAAAUACACUAUCAGGACUUCAAGAACAAAGCUAUAUACCGAAGGAUUCUCCCAUCUCUCAGAUAGAGCAAAAUGGUGACUAUGGCAGAGGCAGGAGGACUGUUUUCAGAGGUCGGAGGAGACGGGACGAUGACAGACUUUCACGACCCCAGCCUUCAAUUGAAACCAAGACUUUGACGCCAAAGUUUGACUUGCUAGCCUCAAAUUUCCCUCCCUUGCCUGGUAGCAUGGUAAAAACUCAAGAGGACCCAGUCUUGGAGAGUAGGAUGUCAGACAUUGUUAAAGGAAUAAGCAAAGAAAAGGUACAUACUGAAAACAAAGAGUUGACUGUUAGUUGUCCAGCAUCUACUCAGGAAGAGCAGGGCCAGAACCCUGUUCAGCCUGCCAUGAGCGCCAGUUCUCCUUGUAGGAUUGAUGUUCCUGGAUUAAGUGCCACACAUCCAGAUAACAAGCUAGAAGAGAUCCAUUUGCAGAAAGAGGCUGCAAGCCAGACUUCUCCACCUUCUUCUGUAUCCCCCCUUAGUGCGGUAAAGCCACCCAGGACAAAUGCCACUUCAUCCGCAACCAAUGCAAACACAAUGCCUACUGUGACGGCACAGGAACCCCGCAAGCUCAGUUAUGCAGAAGUCUGCCAGAAGCCCCCAAAAGAGCCAGCUCCUGUUCCUGUUCAGCCACUUAGGGAGCUGCGUACCAAUGUUGCUUCCCCUGCCAAAGCAGAAGAAAAUGGCACCCAUGAAAAGGCAGGAGAAAAGGCCCAUGAAAAACCUGAAGGGAGGGCAAAGGACUUUGCUGUCUUCAGAGGCACUGGGCCUCCAAAGGGAGCUGCAGGAAAAAUCAGGGAACAGAGACGCCAGUGUGGACGUAGGUCUUCUCCUCAGGGAGCACCUCGGCGUGUCGGCAAGGAACAAUAUGUGCCACCACGAUCACCAAAGGAAAAUUGAUCAAACUUUUUAUUUAAUCAAAACUAUGGACUAAAGAGCAAUGGAGGAGAAACUGGCCAGCUGUGAGAAACAUAAAAAUGGGAAAAGUGGACACUAGAUUCAAGAGCACAGGGUUUGCAGUGUGAGAGGGAGCUUGAAAGGGUCCCAAUAUUCAUCUCUAACUGAUAUAAAAUGCUGGAUGAAUUGAAUCAAUAUAAAUAUGUGAUAAAGAUUAUAAUUUUUGUAAUUUUUUGUGUUUAAUUUGCAGCGGGAUUCCUGCCUGAAAUAAAUUCUGGGGUAUGAAUUAGAGCUUGUUGAAAAUGAGGAACUAAUACACACAUUAGCAUGUUCCUCAAAUGUAGAAGAGAGGGGCAAAAGAAUAUUUUUUUGGGAGGGAAGUGUUUCUGUAAAAGUUAUAAAUUACUUUUUAAAAUCUAUUUAAUGUAUGGCUUGUAGGAUGAUGUGUAUGCCAUAAUGGCCUUGCAUUACAAAUCAGCCCCAAAACUGACAUGCUCGGUCAGUAUGAAUGAGUGUAGCCACAUACUUGUUAUGUCAUGAUUUAGUCACUGAUGAUAACUGAAUGUACUACUGUAGUAUUUUGUGUUUGGAAAUGUAGUCUUUGAUCUUACUAAUUUUUGUCAACUUUUAAAACUAUAUGAUUUUAGUUUUGAGUAUACAGCCAGCAAGAUUAGUAAACAGAAAUAGCAGGCAAGGUUUCAAUUUGUUCUUGCUUUUUCUCUAAUUAGGGGCUAAAUUGUCUCCCCCAACCCCACUGCUUUAGUAGUUUUCUCUCAACUUUAUUACAGAAUUAUGCACAACUAGCUGGAAUGAAUGUUCCAGUACUGAUGCAGGUCUGAUACAGGAAAACUGAAGACUGCACAGUAAAUAUUCUCUUGGUAUCACAUUUAAUAAACCUGGACUUUUAAACUGUUGAAUACGCUAUAGAAGUGUGGCAAAUCCACUUGAGGUCUGAGUUUAUCAAACCUAGGCUGACUUCUACAGAGUGGCUUGCAUUGGCGUACUGAAAAAGCUCUUUUUGCUGAAAGGCACUUCUUACUAUACUGGAGAUCAGGUUUUCUUUAGUGGGGAGAUUUUUUUUAACAGCAAGUUUUAGUAACUUGUUGAUUUCCCCAAUUAUUAGAGUUGAUAGCCAUGAAAAUGUUUAGGUUAUUUUGGAGAACAUUGGAGAGAACUUUAGUGUAGCUUUGUGUUAAUGAGAUUAACAACAUUAUUGACUAACAAGCAGUCUGGGUUACAAGCUGGUAAUAGUAGUCUGUAAGAGAAGAAAUAGGUAAGGGUCAGCAUGUUAAUCUGCCAAAAUUCACAUGCUAGGGUUCAAGGUUCUGUAUUAAAGUGUAUGGGGAAAGUAUCUUGCAACAGUAUAUCUAUUUCCUCAGUUAAUAGCAAGUAUACAAAUCUAAAGUAGUUAGUUGUGAACACUGGAAAACUCUAUUGCGAGAUACCACCAAACAUCUUAUUUGUAUAUGCUAGUGAUGACUUUAAAAUGUCAGUGGCAGAUAAAUAACUGUGAAAAUGUUCAUCUUCUGAUUUCUUAGCCAGAUAAUCCUUGUCAAUUUCUUACUCAGUAGGCAUUCUCUAUCAAUGGCUUUGAGAACACUCAUAUCUAUUUUUUUAAGGAAAUAUAUAUAUAUAAAGUCAGAUUUGUCAUUUCUCUAACUUAUUAUUCAGCUUGGCAAUCACUUUUUUGAUUUGAGAAGUGUAUAUGUACUUAAGCAGUUAGUAUUCUUUUUCUACACCUUAUUAAUCAUUAUUCAUUUUAAACUACCUGUGCUGGGUUUGGUAAUCUUUAAAUUUACAUAAAUCAUUGAUCACGUCUGUUAACACAAACACACUUUUGGUUUACUUAUAAUGGACAUAACCCACAAAAGGUAAAAAUAUUUAAAGUAUUAAGAACUCUGCAAAAUGUAUAGAGGACUAUUUGAAAAUGUUUUAAAGAUCAUAAAUCCUAAUUGCACUUGGGAUGGAAAGCAUACUGAACAGAUGCAGAUAUACUUAGGGUAGACAUGCACUGUGCCAUUGCAAAUGAAUGAUGUAUUUGAAUUACAAUAGAUGUCUGGAGUUCUGAAAGAGAAAUUUGGUUGCGGUUCAGAAAGAAUGUAGUUUUGGGUGAUUAGUGAAAAUAUGACUUGGCAAUGCCAGUAUACCCUGUGUACAUGUCCAUGUUUGCGUGGAAUCUUCAAAGGCAGAAUAAUUUAAAAUGUAACUUUACUUUAUUGGGUGUUAAAACAAAUAGAGCUCACAGUCUUGUGGGGCAAAACACUUUACAUUUGGAAGGGAUGCAUUAUACAUCCUGGACAUGUGUGCGUGUGUAUGUGCAUGCCUGCAUUUCCCACAGCAGGUAAUGGCUCUUGUGCAAUGUAUGUGUAUAAUUGUGUAAACCGCUUUUUCCAGUGUGAAAUUACUUGCCUAGGGGGCUCACUAUAACUCAAGUAUUUGAUAAUUGUCCGCUUAACAUAGCAUCCUGUUUUCCCCUCACCUCGGUCUGUUACCAUGGAUGUCUAAACUUCUUGGUUUGGAGGGAAUAACCAAGUAAAUACAAUUGUUGUAAAGGAAAAAAAUGUGUUUGCUCAUAACUCUCCCAGCAGUCAUUGCACCAUUAGAAACAUAUCUGGGCUUGCUGUUCUCAUUCAUUCUCGCACAAUGCCUUGUGUUUCCAUUGAUGUCUCUUCCACUUCACUCUGAAAACAAGGAAGAAUAAAAUUUUGGGAAAUAUAUUCAGUGCUGGAGCAAUUCCACUGUCUAAUUGCGAGAACAUGAAAUGUGAUGGUGCUUGUUUUCUGCAUAGGUGUGCAUUAUACGUGUUAAUUGGCAAGUCAUUUUUAGGGUUGAUGGACAGAGGUACUUAAAUAUUUGUAAAUUGUUGUCAUCUGCUACAAAAAAAGCAUUGGAUGAAUGUAAAAAUAUAUACCAGUAUAGCUUGUACUGGUAAAUGUAACCAAAACUGACAUUUUCAUUCUAAAUGUUGGAUCAGUAGAUACGGAACUGCUGAUUGUAUUUAUCCAUAUUACACAACUGUCAAUCAACCAGGCCCUGGUUAUUUUCUCCUUAACAAGGUCAUCACCUGAGAUGCUUGCCUUUACAAAUGGAAAUUUAAUUUUGUUUAGAAAAUAGCCGAGAAGGUGAAGACCACAUAUAGCUUUGUUUCCUUUGUCAUUUGUUAGUGAUUUUAAGAGAUUUUCUUAGUUAGCUAGACAUGUGAGUUUCCCCCCUCCCCUCUCCACAUUAUUGGUAUUGGUGAAUAACUCUGGGCCACAUUACUGUAUGUCUGGUGUGGAAGAGAUUAAGUGGAAAUGGUUGAUUUGCAUGAGUUUUACAUUCCUGCUUUUCUUUCUCUAAAGUUAGCAUGGCAGAAUGUAAAGCAGCAGGUUAAAAUAGAUCUGUCUUAAUGACCAGAAGAAAACAAAUCUGAAACUGGGGUAGAUCAGUAGCAAUUAAGUGACUUAAUGCUUUACUGUAGUUUAAAUAGCUAUGGCCUUACUACUUUGUCAGUAUCAACUGUCUGAAUAUAUCCACUCUUUUUACUGUUACCCAAGUGAGUAUUCACAUGGGCUAAAAAUAUCUGCUACAUGUGUACAGAUUUUAAAUUUGUAAGAUGCAAAAUUCUAUACAGACAAGAUGCAACAAAUGCACUUCAGGGUGGGGGGGUUGCUUAAACUUUUGUAAAUUGUUGAUUACAACAAAUAUGCAAUAGGUUUUUUCUUUAAAUGUUGAUAUUUCCUUCUGAAACAUGAUUGUUGCCAUUAAUCUUUAAUGGUCUACCAUGCUCUUAUUUGUGUGUGUAUAAAUAUUACAUAGCGUGGGCUUCCUUUAGGAUGGUACAUUUGAUUUUUCUUUUUCUUUUUGGAUGUUGGUUGGGUUUUAAAAGGUCUUCUGCACAGACUUGGGAAGAAAUCAGAUGAGUGUAUUAAUGUAUACUUGGAAGGAUUUGAAAUGGGAGCUAAUCAUAUGGCUUGCUUCUGAAAAAAAAAAAGUCUUCAAACUAACCUGUAUCAACUUUAACAAUUUUAUACUUAAUAGCUAGAGAUGUUUAUUUUUAUGGAGAUUCAGUCAUGUAUAAAACUUCCCCCUGAAACAUAUGUGAUUAGUGCUCAAAUGACUUCUGUUUUAUAAGUCAAGCUAUUCUCCCACAAAAGUUUUGACUUUCCUGUGACAUUUAGUGUCACUUUUUGAAGUGAAGGGGCUCAUUUGAAAACAUAACAAAUAUCUGGCUUCAUCGUCAGUUUGGUUUAUUCCUGUUGUCAAAGAUGUCUAAAACAACAAAAAUUGUGUAAAGUAGGUUCAUGCUUAAUUGUUAAAAUUAUACAUGUAUUUGUAUUUGUUUUUUGACAUUGCCAAGGUGCUAUGGGAAAUUGAAAUAACUGUUAGAAGGAAAUAAUAAAAUCCACCUUAAAAGAUACAA